AUGCGUCUCGAAAAUUCAUAUUGCUCUCUCUUCGGUGCUGUUCUACUAGCAUCUCCAGCCCUCGGGUGCGGAGGCAACGCCGUUCCAUUCGAUAUCCCGAGCGUCAUCACUGCCAACAACCUCGCCCGCUCGAACGGUACCAUGCUUCACAAGAAGAUUGCAUUGAACAACGUCCGCGUCUUCGACGGUACAUGCAUUCUGCCACCUUCCACCGUCGUCAUCGAUGGCCCUCUCAUCGGCUCAGACACUACGGGUGCUGAACAUAUCGACGGCAAGGGAGGCGUACUGUUGCCAGGCUUAAUCGAUGCUCAUUGCCACCCUGCGAACAUGACGCAUAUGCAGGAGCUCGCGAAAUGGGGAGUCACAAGCGGUUUUGCGAUGGCUUGCUUCUCACAAGAGCUAUGCUCAUCGCUCACCAACCAUACCGGCCUCCCUUCUCUCUUGCGAACGAGCGUUCCUGCUUCGGCGCCGGGCAGUGCACAUGGAAAUAUAUCGAUAGCUGCUACAGGCGACAUCUCGCUCGUUAUUAACGGCACAGAGGCGGUCCCAUCGUGGAUAAGCCGUCAGCUCGCCGAUCAAGACCCUGACUACUUCAAGUUCAUCGCCGAAACACCGGGUCUCGACCAAGCUACAUUAGACUUGCUCGUCAAGAACGCUCACCAGUACGGCAAGAAAAGCGUUACUCAUGCUGCCACACGCGAGGCGUAUGCUCAGGCUAUCCUCUCCCGUACAGAUCACAUCCACCACACUCCGCUCGAUCACGAAAUUUCUCCCGCUUUGGUCGAAAACAUGUUGCAGCAGGGUCAAUUCUCUACACCGACGCUGACGAUGAUGCGCACCACCGCUCUGAACAACAGAACCACAUCCAGCAACAACUUCACCGCCGCGCUCUCAACAACGUCCCUCCUUCAUAAAGCUGGUGUACCUAUCCUCACCGGCACGGACGCAAACACACAGACUGGUGUUCCUGCGACGGUGCCGUUCGGGUCCUCACUGCAUGACGAGCUAGAGAACCUUGUCGAGGCAGGCAUGUCGAACAUAGAAGCACUGCUGGCGGCUACUGUAACGCCUGCGAGGGCUUUUGGGCUGUGGGAUAGGGGCACGAUUCAGGUAGGUAUGAGGGCAGAUCUCGUGCUUGUGGGCGGUGAUCCGCUCGAGGACAUCAAGAACACGAAGGAUAUUAAAAGAGUAUGGAUUGGCGGUGUGCAGGUUGGGCAGCAGCAGUGA